AUGGAACUUACCGGUAACUGGUUCGCCGAGAGUGUCUCCCCCGAUCUCGCCGUGUUACUGCGGUUGAGAGCUGUCCUUUUUUCCGGAGCCACCGCCUAUCAGAAGGUGGAGGUCCUGGAUUCCGAGGUAUUCGGACGCAGCCUGGUGCUUGACGGGAAGACGCAGUCGACGGAGGUGGACGAGUUCAUCUAUCACGAAUCGCUGGUGCAUCCGGCGAUGCUGUUUCACCCUGAUCCCAAGUCCGUUUUCAUCGGCGGAGGAGGGGAAGGCGGCACUCUGCGCGAAGUACUGGCCCACCGGUCAGUGGAAAGCGCCACGAUGAUCGAUCUGGACCGCGAGGUCGUGGAGCUCUGCCGGGCCCACCUGCCCAACCAUCACCGGGGCAGCUUCGAUGAUCCGCGUGUGACCCUGCGCCACGAAGACGCCCGGGCGUUCUUGCAGUCCGGUGGCGACGGCUUCGAUGUGAUUGUCCUGGACCUGGUCGACCCCUUGGAGGAAGGAACCGCGUACCUGCUAUACACCGACGAGUUCUACCGCAUCGCAAAGGCGCGGCUGAAUCCAGGCGGAGUGCUUGUGACGCAGUCUGGACCGGCAGGGCUGCCCAACCACCGGGAAUGUUUCACCACCAUCUUCCACACCCUGAGCGAGGUAUUCACCCACGCGGCGGCGGCGCAGGUGCAUGUGCCCGCCUUCCAGACGCUGUGGGGAUUCACCAUCGCCUCUGAUGCUCCUCUACAACACCAGCCGGAGCCUGGGCUCGAUGCGGCCAUCGCCGGGCGGAUCAGCAAGCCGCUUCGGCACUACGACGGGGGAAACCCACCGGGGAAUGUUCGCCCUGCCAAAGUUCCUGCGUGA